GACGUAGGGAGGAUAGGCGUGGAGGUGGGGGGCCAUUGCAAAGCCCAGCCGACCUAUCUGACUGUUGCUGACCAGUAUACGAAGAUCAUUUUUGGCCUGAUAUAACAACCAGAAGCGCAGCCAAAGCCCCUCUUUGCCCUUUAGUCAAACACUCCUGGAUGUGGAACUUAGCCAGCAGGGAGCAGGCGUGAUCACCAAACACCUUUUCAUAAGAGUAGAUGCCUGCAAUAUAACAGUCUCUUUCUUGGAAGCAACUUGGAGAGGAGUCUGGAGUUCCAGGAGAAAUGAUUUGGAAAAGUUUAUUUUUCAUCGUUUACGUCUUCCAGACAAUCUUUUGUCUGAACGAAAUCCGAUGGUGCACAGUCUCUGAAAACGAGAGUAAAAAAUGCAAUGACAUGAAAGCGUCUUUUGCUGAAGCAAAGAUUGUUCCUUCUUUGUCCUGUGUCGCAGGCACUUCAUCCUUGAACUGUAUCAAAACUGUGCAGGAUAAUUUGGCAGAUGCUGUAAUGCUCAGUGGCAUACUCACAUAUAAAGCCGGCAGGUGGUACAACCUGAAGCCUGUGGUUGGAGAAGUAUAUGAUCAAGGUGCGGGGACCUCCUAUUAUGCUGUGGCUGUAGUAAAGAAAAAUUCCACUAUCACAAUAAAUACUCUGAAAGGCACAAAGUCUUGUCACACAGGCUAUGAGAAGACCUCAGGAUGGAAUGUUCCAAUUGGGUUUCUCAUUGAUAGUGGGCGUAUGUCUUCAGUAGCGUGUGACAUACCAAAAGGAGUGAGCGAAUUCUUUUCUGAAAGCUGUGUACCUGGAGCUGAAAAAUUCCAAUACUCCUCCCUCUGCGAUCUGUGCAGGGGAGACAACAGCACUGCAAAUCAAUGUGGGCAGGAUAAGUAUCAGGACUACGAUGGAGCCUUUAGGUGUCUUGUGGACGGAGGGGAUGUGGCUUUUGUAAAGCACAGUACAGUGUUGGACAAUUCUGAUGGAAAGAAUUCAGCUUCUUGGACCAAGGAUAUCCUAUCUUCAGAUUAUCAGCUGCUGUGCAGGGAUGGUACCAGGGCAGAUGUCACUGAAUGGAAAAGGUGUAACCUGGCCAGGGUACCGGCUCAUGCUGUUGUGGUCAGGUCUGAUGUUGAUGGUUCUCUUAUUUACAAGAUGCUACAUGAAGGACAGCAAAAAUUCAACAGUCCCAGCUCCGGCUUCAAAAUGUUUGACUCUGCUGCCUAUAAUGGCAUUAACUUACUAUUCAGAGAUGCCACAAUAGAAUUCAGGACGAUUUCUAACCAGACAUAUCAGUCCUGGCUCGGUGAUGAAUUUCUGCAAGCAAUGACAGGAAUAGACUGCGACCUUGACAAGCUACAAAAACCCCUGCGCUGGUGCACCCUUAGCACAGAAGAAAUCUGGAAAUGUGGAGAUAUGGCCAUUGCAUUUAAAAAUCAGAGCUUGAAUCCAUCAAUUCAAUGUGUCUCUGCGAACAACCAGGAAGACUGCAUGAGAAUGAUUCAGCAAAAAGAAGUUGAUGCAGUAACACUAGAUGGAGGAGACAUUUAUACAGCAGGGAAAACAUAUGGGCUCGUGCCAGCAGCUGCAGAGAGUUAUCCUGAUAUUGCACCUGAUAACUACUAUGCCGUGGCUGUGGUUAAGAAAUCACCUCAGGAUUCCUUUACUUUUCAUGAACUGAAGGGCAGAAAGUCCUGUCAUACAGGCUAUAUGCGAUCAGCUGGAUGGAAUAUCCCAAUUGGUCUGCUGACUAAAAGGGGUCUGAUCAGACCAGAAGGCUGUAAUAUUGUCAAAGCUGUUGGUGAUUUUUUCUCGGAGAGUUGUGUGCCAGGGGCAAACCAAAAAGAGUUCCCAUCCAAACUGUGCCAGCUUUGCAACGGUGAUGGAAAAGGAAACAACAAAUGUGAAAGCUCAGACAAGGAACAAUACUAUGGGUAUUCAGGGGCCUUUAGGUGUUUGAUUGAAAGAGGCGACGUGGCAUUUGUGAAGCAUAGCACGGUUUUUGAAAAUUGUGAUGGAAACAAUACAAAUGAAUGGACAAAGAAAUGUAAAUCUUCUGACUUCCAGUUGCUUUGUCCGAAUGGUGCCAGGGCAGAGGUGACUCAGUAUGCAGACUGUAACUGGGCCCAAGUCCCUGCACAUGCAGUUAUGGUUCGCCCAGAAAUGAAUAUACAUGCAUUGUUUGGUCUUCUGGAUAAAGCACAGGUUUAUUAUGGGAGUAAAAAUAGCUCUAAAUUUCAAAUGUUUGACUCUUCACAAUAUUCUAAAAAGGAUUUGAUCUUUAAAGACUCUACCAAUAUGAUUGUCCCCGUGAAAGAGAAGAAAUCAUAUGAACAAUGGCUAGGUAGAGAAUACAUUGAAACUAUAGAGGGUUUCCAGUGUUCAUCUAGUAAAGCUAUAACUCCAGUGAACGCCGUCUUAUUGCUAAUUAGCAACAUCCUACUAAUUAAGUUUUGUGCAUAAUUACCAUCUACUGAGUCUUCAAGACGCCUUUGGAAAUUGCAGUGAUGUAAACAUGGUGAUUUUUUUUUCUGCUGAAGACUAAAAAGUCUAUGAAUGAUGAAUGUAUUUCUGUUUAAUGUGUACCUCUCCGGUGAACAACCCUGCCCCAGUCAUCAUACACGAUUUCUGUCAACAUGUUUGAUAUGUUAAAAUGGGAAUUCACUAUUUAUUCUGCUAGCAUUACAAUUCGGCAGGUAUAUGUUAACACAUAAUGCAUGUGGUGUAUAUCUUCAUUGCCUUUUAAUGACAAAGCAAUAAUGUAAUGUUUAUCGUCUACGUGACUUUUUAAGUAUGUAAUUAUUGGUUCACGUCAUUGGGUGGUCAGGAAACUGGAAUAAAAAAAUAAACAAAUAAAGAGGUGGCCGCUGGGGCCCCCUGGGAUUUCAGCUGCAGCACCCACCUUUUGCGGCUUCCAGCAGCGCUGAAGACUCUCAUCCUAAGGGCUCCCGACCAUGGUGACGUGAGAUAGUGACGUUACGACUCCGCCCCCGAGUCGGGACCCCCGCGUUCUGACAUCUUAUAACCUAUCCUUUCGAUAGGGGAUAAGAUGUCUAGGGGCGGAGUACCCCUUUAAAUUAUUAUUUGAUGAGGCAGUAGAGUUCACCUACACAACCCUUUAAAUGCAAUGUGCAAACUGACUUACAGUUUAAGGGUAUGCUCACACAUACAUAUUCUACUGUGGAUUUCACACUGUAGCUGAUUUUCCUACCCAUUAACUUCAAAGAGUCUCCAAUACUGCAGAUGUGCUGCGGACCCAUUGAAGUCAAUGGUAGCAAGAUCUCCUGCAGAUUUCCUAGGAAUACGCAGCAAAUUAUGUUCAAGUAAAUACACUCCUAGGGUACAUUCAGAC